AAAAUUUCCCCCAACAAUUCACUUCUUCCUUUAUUUCUUAACACCGAAACACCGAUGGCAUUACUAUUCAUUUUUCUAACACUCUUAUCAAUUUGAACUCUUUCUCUUAUUUUUUCCUUUAUAACAAACCUUCCCUCAAUUCCUUCAAACAACACAUACACUUCUUCACAUGAUGUCUUCCAACAACAACAUUAAAAUCCACGAACACUUCAAAGUUGUUCCUCCAUCUUCAUCCCAAACAACAACAAUCUCUCUCACUUACUUUGAUAUAUUUUGGCUAAGGUUCCAUCCAGUAGAACGUGUUUUCUUCUACACCCUCCCAAAUUCACAAUCACACCCCUCUUUCUUCUUUCAAAAAAUUGUUCCAAAUCUCAAAUCUUCACUCUCUUUAACCCUUCAACACUUUCUCCCUUUAGCUGGUAAAGUCGUUUGGCCUUCGGAUUCUUCAAAACCAUUCAUCCAAUUCAAUCCCAAUGAUAAUGAUGAUGCAGUUUCAUUGCUCAUUGCAGAAUCUGAUUUGGAUUUCAACCAUGUCAUUGAAAACUCACCACAAGAAGCUUCCUUGUCUCGUUCUCUUAUACCCUAUUUAGAAUCAACAGGUUCUUUUGCUUCUGUUAUCUCAAUUCAAAUAACCCUUUUUCCAAAAAGUGGUUUUUCUAUUGGAAUCACCACACACCAUGCAGUUCUAGAUGGAAAAUCUUCAACAAUGUUCAUCAAAGCUUGGGCUUAUCUAUGCAACAAAAUGAUUAAAACCGAAGAAGAAUCACCAACUUUGUUACCAGAGUUAAUGCCUUUAUUCAACAGGGAAAUCAUCAAAGACCCAAAUGAACUUCAAGCAAAAUUCACAGAGAAUUUGAAUGAAAUGGCAACCAAGAUGUUCCCAAAUGAAAAACCAAACCAACGAAGCUUGAAGAUAUUCGCUUUCGAACCAAAACUCGACUCUCUUCGUGCUACGUUCAAGCUCACGCGUGAAGAUUUGGAUAAGAUAAAGCAAAGGGUGUUAUCGAAAUGGGAAAUAAUGGAUACAAAUGAAUCAAAGCCGAAGCCAGAGACUCUAUCUUCUUUUAUUCUCACUUGUGCUUAUUCACUUGUUUGUAUUGCAAAAGCUAUUCAUGAGGUAGAAAAAGAGAAAGAGAAGUUUGGUUUUGUUUUCACAGUAGAUUGCAGAGGAAGGUUAGAGCCACCAAUACCAAAAAACUAUUUCGGAAACUGUGUUUGGGGGAUUAUCAUUGAUACACAGCCAUUGGAUUUCAUAAAAGAAGAUGGUGAUUUUUUAGUUGCAAAGAGCAUGCAUGAGAAAAUAAAGAUGGUGAAUCAAAAUGGGUUUGAUAAAUUUACUCCUAUGCCAAAUGAAGGGAUCGAAGUAAUUGGAUUGGCGGGUUCUAAUAGAUUUGGUGUUUAUGAGAUUGAUUUUGGUUGGGGAAGGCCGGAAAAGGUGGAGAUAGUGUCGAUUGAUAGAGGUUUAACAAUUGGUUUGGCAGAAAGCAAAGAUGGGAAUGGUGGAGUUGAAGUUGGAGUAGUUCUUAAGAAAGAUGUAAUGGAUCUCUUUAGAAAUUUGUUUCUUGAAGGACUAGGUAGGAAUUAGAUUAGAUGAAGUCCUCGAGUAUAGUGAUUGAGUAAUCUCUCUAUAUGCAUAGGUGGCUCGAAUAAUGCAUAUAAUAUGACUAAGUUUUGAAUU